ACGCAUCUCGGAUUAUUACAAAAAGCAGUUGACAUGCGCUUUCCAUCUUUACAAAACGAUACUGCAAGAUUGCUAACGAGAAAGAUUCAUCUUCACGUUGGUCCUACGAAUAGUGGUAAGACGCAUGGUGCUUUACAAGCAUUAUGUAAAGCAAAAACAGGUCUCUACGCUGGACCUUUACGCCUACUCGCUCAUGAGGUUUGGUAUAGAAUCAAUGAAGGUUUGGUAUCACCCAAUAUUCCACCACGGGAAUGCAAUCUGGUAACGGGAGAAGAAACAAAGACUAUGUCUUCAACUGCCGGUCUUUUGGCCUGCACAGUAGAGAUGGUCAAACCGGAUACAAUUGUUGAUGUGGCGGUUAUUGAUGAAAUUCAAAUGAUUGCAGAUGAGCAAAGAGGAUUCGCCUGGACUUCAGCUGUGCUUCGUAUAGCAGCUAAAGAGAUGCACCUGUGCGGAGAAGCCAGCGUCAUUCCGCUUAUCAAGAAGAUUGCUGACGAUUGCGGAGACGAAGUGAUCGUACACGAAUACGAGCGUUUAACUCCUUUGCGUGUAGGUGAACCUUUGGGAGAUUUGAGCAAAAUCACAAAAGGUGAUUGUAUCGUGGCUUUCAGUAGGACUGGGAUCUUUAACGUCAAGAAUGAGAUCGAAAAGUUAACAGGACUAAAAUGCGCAGUAGCAUACGGAGCACUUCCACCUGAAACCAAAGCAGAGCAAGCAAAGCUAUUCAAUGAUCCAAACAAUGACGUUGACGUGAUGGUGGCAAGUGAUGCAAUCGGUAUGGGAUUAAAUUUGAAGAUUAAACGGGUCAUCUUUACUGAAGUCAGUAAAUGGAAUGGAAAGCAACGUGCGCCGAUCUCCUUUUCGCAAAUCAAACAAAUCGCUGGACGGGCAGGCAGAUACGGAACGACUGAAAAAGGAGUAGUUAAUGAAGGUGGAAUCGCAACUACUCUCAAACCGGAAGAUUUGGAAACACUUAAAAUUGCACUGCAAGCACCACUUAAGCCCAUCACACAUGCAUCUAUCACACCAGAGCUGGAGCACAUCUCUAGCUUGGCUACUCUGAUCCCGGUAAAAUAUUCUGAGAAAUCAGGCACAUUAGUAGGUCGUCCGUAUGGCAAAUUGUUGACAGAUGCAUCUCUGCUAUUUCGCAUCGAUCAUUCCAAGUUCGUGGCGGGAUCAUUCGGACAACAAAACGAAACGAUGCCGAUCAUUGAAGCCUCAAUACCACAUCAUGCACCACUUACACUGGCAGAACGCAGUGCUUUUAGUAAUGCACCUAUCAAUAUCCGAGAUGAAGAAUUGGUAGCAUUGUUUGGCAAUAUGAUCAGACUUUAUGCAUAUGGAAAUUUGAACUCGUUCGAAGACGUUGCCAAGGGUUCAGGAUUACUGGAUACCCUUCGUGACGUUGAGGCCAUCCGUCGUGCACACAAGCCGGAAGAGUUUGUGGAUGAGGCCGUGGAGGCUGUAAAUGACAAAGACGAUAAGCCUGUCAGAUCUGGUUCUGAAGCGGAAUCUACUUUGGACAUCAACACACUGAUCGCCUUGGAAACUUUACAUCGAGGUUUAACUGUGUAUCGUUGGCUUUCUAUGCGAUUCCCUAUCGCUUUUCCAUUUUAUACCGAUGCUGCAGAACUAAAAACAAGAACCGAACGUGCAAUCGAUUAUUGCUUGGAAUCGAUCAGAGCAAACCGUCAACGUCGUUUGGCUGCUCUAGGCCGA